AGGUUACAUUCGCGAGCAGAGCCGAGCGCGGGAGACCGGACCCGGGAGGCGAGCUGCAGGUUCGGUGCGGGUCGGCUGGCGACCCACAGCCCUUGAGCCCCCACCCAGCAUCACACAGACCCCACCCCCGCCUUACGCCAGCGUCCGCCCCAGGCAAGGACCCCCAACACCAGCAUGGACUGCUGCACCGAGAGCGCCUGCUCCAAGCCGGACGACGACAUUCUCGACAUCCCACUGGACGAUCCCGGCGCGAACGCGGCCGCAGCCAAAAUCCAGGCGAGUUUCCGGGGCCACAUGGCGCGGAAGAAGAUAAAGAGCGGAGAGCGUGGCCGGAAGGGCCCGGGCCCUGGGGGGCCGGGCGGAGCAGGGAGCGCCCGGGGAGGCGCGGGCGGUGGCCCCAGCGGAGACUAGGCCAGAACUGAGCAUUUUCGAAGUUCCCGAGGAGAGAUGGAUGCCGCGUCCCCUUCGCAGUGACAAGACUUCCCUGCCGUGUUUGUGACCCCCUCCUUACCACCAACCUGCCAGCUUCAGGAGCCCCCUGCCUCCCAGAAACUCCCUCUCCCAGGCAGGCUCCGUCGCGGAGUCCGUGCCCUUUUAGUUAGUCUCUAGUCCAGUAUGGCCCCUAUUUGCCCUUUCUCCCCAACCUGCCCUAAACCCUGAGCUCCCAAAUCUUCCUUCUUUUGCUUCUCGCCCACCUCUCUCCGCACCCAGCAUGCAGCUCUGCCUCCGCAGCCUCGGUGCGCUUCCCUGCGCGCACUGAGGAGGGCGCCCUAAGCGUCACCCAAGUACACUCCAAAAACAAGUCUUUUGGUUCUGUGCGCAGCUAAAAGGGGCGCCCUGCGUCUCUGUGCCGUUCCCGUCCCAGCCUAGCACUUGGGCUCGGUACAAGGAGAAAGGGGAAGAGGGUUUUCACGGUGUCAGAUGCCCCUUGCUCUGAUCAGAAGGGAAGUCCCAACCCCACACCUGCCUGUCGCGCCCCCUUCCCUCUCCCUAGCGCACUCUGAGAGCAGCCUCUCCAGCUCUCUUGUUUAUGCAAACGCCGAGCGCCUGGGAGGCUCGGUAGGAGGAGUCUUCCGCGGCCCCGCCCCCGCCCCUGCCUGUGCCAGCCCGGUCCCUCACAGGGCUCCUGGGGCUGUGGCCGGAAGGUUUUUAAUCUCAGUGUGUGCAUGUGACCGUUCCGGGUUGGAAUGUGAACAAUAAAGAGGAAUGUCCAAGUGUU